AUGUCAACGAUGACAUGUUUCCUCAUAAAAAAUGGAAGAAUGAAUAACUGCUGGGAACUGUAUCAGGAACUUCCUACAUUCAGUCGUUGGAUUUACAACCGCGAUUACCAGCUCUUCAAGCUUCUCAGUGAUGCCGGAAUUGGAGUAGCUAUAAGCCAGUUCAAAUCGACACUUAAUAUAUCGCAAUUUUUGCACACUAGAUAUUGCAACUUAGGCAUAUUUUUGAAUCUACAAUGUUCGAUUGCAGAUAAGGAUGUUGUGAAAAUUUUUUACGAGACCUCGACCCAUCAGAUGUUUGACCAUUUGCAUCAGUGGUUGAUUUUGGGAAAAAGUAUGAAUCACAUUGUCAAAUUAUUAAACGACAGCGCAUUUAGCAUCAUCACAGAUGUUGCGAUAGCUGUACCAAGAAAUGAUGAUUAUAUUCUGUAUGAUGUGUAUAAUCAUUGCAAAGCUUGUGGAGGCCUAUUAAAAAUCAUAAAACUUGGUUCCUGGUCCAGAGAUAAUGGAUUACAUAUUAUUCUACAAAUAGAUAAAUUCACUAGGAGAUGGAACUAUCAUAGAAUGAGGAUCAAACUUUCUGGUAUUGUAACAGUUAAACCUGUCAAUCAAAGUUUAGUGGAAUACCUCCAUGAGCGUAAUGAUAUUUAUACCGACCAUUGGGCGAAAUUCGGAUUUGCUAUCAUGGAACGCAUUAAAGACAUAUUCAAUUUCACUUACGAAAUAACAUAUUUAUCACAUUGGGAGGAAAAUGAUACAAGCGGACCACUUCAUAAUGCUUUCAAGAAUAAUAUUGCCGACUUGGGGUACUUCCCGUUAUCUAUAACAAUGAACAGACUCGAUAAUGGAAAUGUACUCGUGCAAUUUUCUCCUACAAGAACUUGCUUUAUGCUUCUUACUAUGCCUGCAUCAAAAAUGGACAUGAACGUACUUUUUAGGCCAUUCGAAAAAAAUGUUUGGUACAUGAUCAUUUUAUUAACAGUCAUUAUACUUCUUGUUUUAUGGGUAGCCUUUAAACUUGAAAAGCAUGUUGCAAACACUGAUUAUGAUACAACAGGUCUUAUUAUUGUUGGUGCAUUCUGUCAACAAGGAUUACCAUUUGAAAACAAUCAAUUUUCAAGCCGCGUUGUUUUCCUUCAAACGAUGAUCUUUGGUUUACUCGUGUAUAACUAUUAUUCAGCAGCAAUAGUAUCCAGUAGGUUGUAUGCACCUUUGGAAAGAAUGAAUGAUUCAUUGUUUUCAUUAGUGAAAAGUAAAAUGAAAGUUGCUUCGCAUAAAAGUAUCUAUUUUAAUGCUCUAUUGGGUACUCCUACAAAAGAAGUAAAAUUUUUUAAAAAAUACUGGGAAACCAUACCAGAAGAAGAAAGAUUUUAUUCAAUACCAGAGGGUGUAAAAAAGAUUACGGAGUUUGGAUUUGCUUACCAUGCAGAACCUUACCUAGUUUAUCCAGUUAUAGAACGUGUUUUUGAUAAUAAAAUGAUCUGUCAACUUAGUGAAGUUCAUUUGCUUCGGCCUACUGCAUUAGCUUUAUGGUCAUCUCCAAAGAGCAAAUUUCACGAAAUAACGAAGAUUGGUCUUAUUAGGAUAUACACUUCGGGGAUUCGACAAAGAGAACUGAAACGUUGGACUACCAGACAACCUUAUUGUGAUAAAGACAAAUACUAUGUAUCAAGCGUGACGAUUUAUGAAACAACACCAAUUAUACUUAUCUUACUUGUUGGCAUUAUUUUAUCAGUUAUUAUUUGUUUUGUGGAAAAUAUAAUUUUUCGUACAAUACGAAAAAAGCAAGGACAAAUAAUAGAAACAAAUAAUACUAACAAAAAAUAG